CGGCGCGGAGGAAGUGGAAGUGGGGGACCAUGUGUGGUGAACGCCGCCGGCCGGUGGAGCGUCGGGCUUUGGGAGACUCAGAGUCUGGGGUAUCUGGCUGUUGAUGACAGCGAGUUCUGGGGAAACCAAGACGGGUUUUUCAGGAGCAGACUAUUAGAGCAACUUCAAAAGUCACCCUUUCCCCCUCUCCUCACCUUGCCAUCUUCCUGUGCUUCAAAUAGUGAUCCUGCCUUGGUCUACAUCACAUCACCGAAUCUAUACUCAUGCUUUAAGGAUGAAUCGCGUAUGGAAACAAAUAUGGACACGAGUUUCGGCUCUGACAUCAGUCAUGCGUGGACGCCCCUGUUUUUUCAUACAAAGACUUCUGACUGACUCAGCAUCUCAUGUCUCCAGUAUGGUAUCCUGCUCUGACAUCUGGCUCAAGAGGCAAAAACAGAAACAUAGGCAGCAUUUGAAAAAAGACAAAGUUGUUAGUAUCCUUCAAGAUCCAGGUGUCCCAGUGCUUGAAAAGCUGACCAGAGAAGACCUUCUGGAAAUGCUAGCUACCAGUGUGGUAUACCAGGAAAAUCCUUUGAUUGGUAUCAAUAAACCAUCAGGACUUCCCAUCACAGGUAAAGAACUCUCCUUUACCUCGCUGCUUCCAGAACUUCAGCAGCGAUUGCAUCUUUCAAAAGAACUCCACAUUGUAAAAGCAAGUAACAGGGACUGUUCUGGCCUGGUUCUGCUUUCCACCUGUCACCAAACCACCAAAUACAUUGAGGAUGCCUUCGUCCAAGCUCGGAGAAGGAAGGAAGCACUCACCAGUUAUUGUGCAGUGACAGUGGGCAUCCCAGAACCUGCAGAGGGAGGAAUCAAUGUUGCUCUGAAAAAGCAGAACAUUGGCGAGCAUGAGCUGGUAGUUCCAAUUUUUCAUCCCACGCCUGGAAACUUUCAGCGGAAGGAAGCAAAGAAGGCUGUAACAAUGUACAAGGUUCUCACUGCUGUAGAUGGCUGUGCAUUAGUAGAGCUUCAUCCUCUCUCAACCUUUGAAAGCCUCCUACAGGUCCACCUCACUGUCAAACUGUCUGCAGUUCUUGGGGAUCAUGUGUAUUCUUCCCGGCUCGGCAAGGUUCUGGGAAUUCCCUUCUGUCUCCCAGCGGAAUCAGCAAUUCCUCGAAUUCAGGUCUUGGAUGAAUCCUUGCUGCAGAAGCUGCGUUUUGACCAGAAACAGAUGUGGAAAAUGCCUCUUCACCUUCACUUGCACAAACUUUCAAUUCCACCAUUUGAAAUGAAGAAAUCAGCAACAGUGAUUGUGGCUACUCCUCCAGCUUACUUCCUUAGGACUCUUGACCUCUUAGGCUUAAGAGUUAAUGAGUUUCCUGAAGCAGAUGUAAGGAAGAGGAGAAAUGAAGAAAUGUGUUCCAUAUAGUUCAUGCCAGUACUCUGGCUUAGAGAAGAUUCACAGCUUCUGUGAAGUUUAUUUUGUAGUAAAAUCCAACUAGAAGUGCUGGUUCAAAAAUUUGUAAUAGCAGAUGAUGUUUCCUAACAGGAACAUCUUGUCUCUGGACACUUAUUUUUGAAGCCUUUCUAUUUUUCAGCUAGUUUGGAAGAAAUGAAUGCAAUUCACCUGAUCCUUAUUGUCAGUUUUCUUCAAGAGGAUACACAAACAUCAACUAGCCAACAAGAAACAACCAAUUCUCACUGGUCUGAAUAUACAAGGACAAAGAAAAACAUAAGUUUGACUGGGGCAACAUAUCCAUAAUAGCAUGAGCCAAACAGACAUACCUGGGAAUUCCCAGAGGCCUGGCAUUCCAGCUGGAAUUUCAUCAACAAACACAUUGUAUAUUUUGAGUCCAGUUCAAACCACUGAAAAAACAGAACCGCAUGAGCAAACUAAGGCAUAUAAAAUAACAAGUAGGUCAGAACACCAAAAUGUCACUGGAAGGACAUUGAGCCAGUGUUUGCAGACAUUGAUGUUACCUAGCAGGGUGACAGUGAGCAAGUCAACAACCUCAAACUUCAGCUGUGCUUCUCACUGUCCUCUGCUACUAAAAGGCUGCUAAUAAAUCUACCAUGUCCAAUACUGUCAAUUUAGGGCUCCUUUUGCCAAAGCACAAUGGACAUGAGCUCAAAAAGGGAAAAGCCAGAACUACUGGAGAAACCCAGGAGGUCUGGCAGCAGCUGUGGACAGCACUCUGCUUUCUCUGCACAAUGCUGCCAAACCUACUGGGUUUCUCCAGUAGUUUUACUUUAGAAAUGAACUUGCUGACAUUUGUCUCAAAUGCUGGGCAAUGAGAAAUAAAUUAGUUAUAUAACUUUACUUCAAUGCUUUCUAAGCAGGAAGAACAAACCUACUUGCCAUUUUCUUGAUCAAUUCCCUCCCAUGACAGGAGCAAAGCUACAAACACCUGGGAGCACCAUAGUAAGAGUGCAGUCACCCAGGCAUUGCCAAAUCAUAUGCCUUUAACAUGCCCCAUCCUGGUAACCAGUGUGCUUGCUUAGUGAAACACUAAAUGGAAGUUCAGAUUGUGGGUUUUUCCAUUUUAAACGAACUGAAAACCUUUAAAACAAUGAUGCAAUGCUUAUAAAACUAGAACCCAAAACUUGGCAUAGAUCAACAAAUCAAAAUCAGUGCUAGAAAUAAGGUAAGAUUUUGCUGUUUACAUUUGGGAAUUCAGUGCUAAAUUUCAAACCAAGUAAUUCUGAGUUAGUUUAUAAAUAACUCAAGUCCAGAGUUCUCAUUCAAAUGAGAUCAUGAUUAAGAAGUGUCACAUGCUGCAUUUCUAGGAUUGCCUACUGAAGUUGGCGGUUUAUUUUCUGCACAUCCUAGCAUGGGCUGUUGGUGUUGAGCAAGGUCUUUCCAGAUGAAGGGAUAUGGCACCAAGUUGAUGACUUUGACUGCUGCCAGUUUCCCAAAAACCUAGAGUUAUAAUGCAAUGGAAAACCCAAACCUUGGGAGAUCAAACAUGAAGCACAUUGGAAUCAAGCUGCAGCUAUAUAAAAAACUCAGGAUACCAGUUAUGUAGUUGUUUUCAGCAAGUCACAAUAUAGUCAAGAUUUGUUUUAAUAAAUAUCUUGCAAUUACAA